CAGAGAGGCACGGCUCCGGGGCGGGGUCAGAGGGGUGAGGGGUCGGUAAAUAUUGGUGACGUCACACCGCCAAGAUGGCGGAGGGGGAGGACGGCGGCUGGUGGCGGAGCUGGCUGCAGCAGAGCUACCAGGCUGUCAAGGAGAAGUCCUCAGAGGCUCUGGAGUUCAUGAAGAGGGACCUGGCUGAGUUCACCCAGGUGGUGCAGCACGACACCGCCUGCACCAUCGCCGCCACGGCCAGCGUGGUCAAGGACAAGCUGGCAAGGGCAGAAGGCUCCUCAGGUGCCACUGAGAAGGUGAGGAAGGGGCUCUCUGAUUUCCUGGGGGUCAUCUCGGACACCUUUGCCCCCUCCCCGGACAAGACCAUUGACUGUGACGUUAUCACACUGAUGGCAACACCCUCAGGAACCACUGAGCCCUAUGACAGUGCCAAGGCUCGUCUCUACAGCCUCCAGUCCGACCCAGCCACCUACUGCAACGAGCCUGAUGGCCCUGCUGAGCUGCUGGAGGCCUGGCUCGCUCAGUUCAGCCUGGAGGAGAGGAAAGGGGAGAUUGCAGAGCUGCUGGCAACCAGCCCUUCCAUCCGGGCACUCUACACCAAAAUGGUCCCUGUGGCUGUUUCCCACUUGGAGUUUUGGCAGCGCUACUUCUACAAACUGCAUCGCCUGGAGCAGGAUGAAGCCCGCAGGGAGGCUCUGAAGCAGCGAGCGGAGCAGAGCGUGCACCAAGAGGAGCCAGGCUGGGAGGAGGAUGAAGAGGAGUUCUUGGGGAUGUCCCCCCUGCCUUGUGCAAACAUCACAUUUCCAGGAGCAGCACAGAAAGAACCCACCCCAACAGCCCCAGAGGGAAACCCCCCUGCUGGGGAGAGCUGGGCUGUGCUGCCCCCAGAGCUGGUCCCAGUGGAGCAGAGCCCCUCAGAGAGCAGCGAGAGCGUGUCCCUUGUGACUCAGAUUGCAAACCCUGCCUCUGUGCCUGCCACCCAGCUACAGACUGCAGCUCCUCCCCUGGGCACCGGCCACCUCUCCCAGAGGCUGGUGGAGGCCACCUUGGAAGAGCAGAGCUCCCUGCCAAAACCCCCAGAAGCUGCUCAGCCUUCUGCACCUGCCCAGGAAUCAGCAGCAUCCUCAGAGGCAGCAGCUGGAACAGAGCUCAGAGAGCUGGAGAGCAGAGGCCAGGGCAGGACAGAGACUCUGAGAGAGGAAGGGCCCACAGAUCUGCGAGUCUUCGAGCUCAACUCGGACAGUGGCAAAUCCACCCCCUCCAACAACGGCAAGAAAGGCUCCAGCACGGAUAUCAGCGAGGACUGGGAGAAGGACUUUGAUCUGGACAUGACAGAGGAGGAGGUGCAGCUGGCACUGUCCAAGGUGGAAAUGUCUGGGGAGCUGGAAGAUGAAGAGUGGGAAGACUGGGAAUAAAGCAGCUGCUUCCAGUGUGUGUCACAGGCUCAUUUCCACCAUCGAAUGUGAAUUCAAUCACGGACGGCUGUUCCUUUGUGUGUGACUGUGCUGGGGGUUGCAGCUCCAGCCUGGAGGAGUUCCAUUCCUGCUAAAACCUGUGGGCAGCUCAAGUGACCCCCUCAGGUCCAGGAGGAAGAAGCAGGAGGUCACUGGCACACAGGAGCCUGACUUCUCCAUAGGUCCUAGAGACUGGCCAAGCCAAAACUGACCCUGACGUGUUGGGAAGAGGCAGAGUGAGGGGUGCCUGGGCCAGCUGGGCACUCAGAGCCCUGCCAGCUGUGCUGGGUGCUGCCAGGCUGCCAGCUGGCUCCUUCCUUGCUUGUGUGUGCACGUGUAACCUGCAGCUGAGAGGCUCCUGGAUGUGGCUGUGCCUGCUCUGCUCGCUGCUCUGCAAUUCCCAGCCAGAAA